AUUUGACUGUGACCACGUGCCAAAUGGGCAAUUUGAAACCGACAAGGAGAACUGUGUCAAGUUCUUCGUUUGUAGUAAUGGCAACCUAAUGCAUAUGGCCUGCCCGGAAGGACAGUAUUUCAGCAAAAGUUUGGUCCAAUGUGUGGAUGACGAUGGAAGCUGCAAGGAUGUUAAAGGGACGUUUAUAGCUGCUGACAAGGCCUCAUGCGGUCAAUAUCGAAAUGGAGAGUCGGUCAAGAAUCCUCAUGACUGUCAGUCUUAUGUGAUUUGUACAAAUGGAGAAAUGAUUUCGCAGAAAUGUCCUGAGGGAGAGUACUUUAAUGAGAACACCAAAACAUGUUUACCCGAUAAUGGAGUGUGUGUGCCAAAAGAACCUAAUCCGACCAACUGCGGUAACUUCGCCGAUGGAGAAUUCGUUGAAGAUUUGGCAAACUGUGUUAACUUCUUCUCAUGUGUACGUGGUGAAAUGAAAAAACUUUCAUGUUCCGAUGGUCAAUACUACAACAAGGACAAACAAGAAUGUGUGAAUGACGACGGUACCUGCUCUGAUGUAAUUCCAACGAAACCAGAAAAACUCCAACUAUCUUCGACAUCCUGUGGCACUCACAGGAGUGGCGAAGCAUGGCCGGACGAAGAGGAUUGCCAGGUCUUCUUCAUAUGUUAUAACGGUGAAACUGUUCGUCAAACAUGUGACACUGGUCUCUACUUUGAUGCAGUUGCGAAAACAUGUGUUGCUAGUAAAGCUCGGUGUGCAUGUCCACCAGUUCCACAACCGCCAACCUCAUGCGAUUGCGGUAACUAUACCAAUGGUGAAUUCUGGGUUGAUGAUGAAAACUGCGCGCGAUUCUUCGUUUGCGUCGAAGGAAGGAUAAGAAGUUUGUCAUGCCCCGAUGGUCAGUUCUUCAGCAAAAAACAUCGACGCUGCUUCCCAGAUGAUGGGACUUGUGAAGAUGUUGUACCACUUCCUCCAGAGACUGGCUGUUGCGAUGGAUCGUCAAAUGGCAAACAGAUCCCUGAUCCAGACGAUUGCUACAAAUAUUAUGUAUGCUGCAACAGUGAGUGGGUUUCACAAUCGUGUAAGGAUGGGCUGUACUUCAAUGCAACUGUAGGAUGUUGUCUGCCAGGGAGCUGCAAUAACGUUAAGCCAUCGGACUGCGGAGACAUCAAGGAUGGGCAAUCAGUUCCUGGAGUAGAUUGCAAGGAUUACAGUGUUUGCCGCAAUGGUACACUAAUAAACGAGACCUGUCAGGAUGGUUACUAUUUCAAUAAUGAAACCCUCCAGUGUGUCGUGGAUAAUGGUGAAUGCAGGACUACCACAACAACAACGACAACGGAAACACCAGGGCCAUUGGACUGCGGAGACAUCAAGGAUGGGGAAGUAAUUCCUGGAGAAGAUUGCAAAGAUUACAGUGUUUGUCGCAAUGGUACACUAAUAAACGAGACCUGUCAGGAUGGUUAUUAUUUCAAUAGCGAAACCCUCGAGUGUGUCGUGGAUAAUGGUGAAUGCAGGACUACCACAACAACAACGACAACGGAGAUACCAGGGCCAUUGGACUGCGGAGACAUCAAGGAUGGAGAAGUAGUUCCUGGAGAAGAUUGCAAAGAUUACAGUGUUUGUGUCAAUGGUACACUAAUAAACGAGACCUGUCAGGAUGGUUAUUAUUUCAAUAGCGGAACCCUCGAGUGUGUCGUGGAUAAUGGUGAAUGCAGGACUACUACAACAACAACGACAACGGAGAUACCAGGGCCAUUGAACUGCGGAGACAUCAAGGAUGGGGAAGUAGUUCCUGGAGAAGAUUGCAAAGAUUACAGUGUUUGCCGCAAUGGUACACUAAUAAGCGAGACCUGUCAGGAUGGUUAUUAUUUCAAUAGCGGAACCCUCGAGUGUGUCGUGGAUAAUGGUGAAUGCAGGACUACCACAACAACAACGACAACGGAGACACCAGGGCCAUUGGACUGCGGAGACAUCAAGGAUGGAGAAUUAGUUCCCGGAAUAGAUUGCAAGGAUUACAGUGUUUGUGUCAAUGGUACACUAAUAAACGAGACCUGUGAGGAUGGUUAUUAUUUCAAUAGCGAAACCCUCCAGUGCAUCGUGGAUAAUGGUGAAUGCAGGACUACCACAACAACAACGACAACGGAGAUACCAGGGCGCGACUGUGGAGAAAUUGGAAAUGGACAAAAAGCCCCGCAUCCUGACAACUGUACACUUUACCUACUCUGUGAAGAUGGCGAUCUUAUAACUCAUGAGUGUGAAAAUGUCAUUGAAAGUGAAACUGAAGUAGGAGUCUGCAUAUGUCGUCCGCCUGUAAUAACGCCAACACCGAGACCUUGUGGCGAACAUGAGGAUGGCUCCUUCAGCCCAGAUGAAACCGACUGCACAGCAUUCCGUCUUUGCUGCAAUGGAGAGUUUGUAACAAUAUCGUGUCCAGAAGGUUACCAUUAUGACCAAGACCUUGAAAUAUGUGUCAUUGGAGAUUGUACCAGCCAAACUACCACGACUCCUGUACCUGAAUUGGCUAAGUGUGGAAUAUAUGAGAGCGGUAGUUUCAUCGCGAAUGAGACUGACUGUGAAGCCUACAGCAUUUGCUGUGAUGGACGACUUAUAAACAAAACUUGCCCACCAGGAUAUCAUUUCGAAAAGGAUUCUGGAACGUGUGAGAUAGGGCUAUGUAAACCACUGAAAUGCGGGGAAUAUGAGGAUGGUGAAUUAAUUCCUUCUGAAGAUUGCCAAGAUUAUGGUAUUUGCGUGAAUGGCACAAUCAUAAAUCAUACGUGUCCGGACGGCUAUUAUUUCAAUAGCGACAAUCGAAAGUGCGAAGUGGAUAAUGGAAUAUGCAGAACUACGACAACAACAACGACAACGGAAAUACCAGGGGACUGUGAAGAUGGAACACCAAAUGGUGAGAUGAAACCAAACCCGGAUAAUUGCACGACAUACUUCAUCUGCGAAAAUUCACAACUUGUAAUACGUCCAUGUGAAAACUCCACCGAAACUGAUCCUGAGUCAGGAAUUUGCAAGUGUUCAAUUUUACCGAAACCAUGUGAAGACGUAGAGAAUGGGGCUUUUGUGCCUUUGGUAGGAGAUUGUGCAAAAUUCCAGAUGUGUUGUGAUGGCGAUUUGAUCGUUAUAUCCUGUCCGGAAGGUACCUAUUUCAACAGCGAUCUUGAAAUAUGUACUCCAGACAAUGGAGAAUGCAAGGGCGAACCGACAACUACUACCACUACCGCUCCGUUGGACAACUGCGGCGAGUAUCCAAGCGGAUCAUUUGUACCCCUUGAAGACUGUAAAAAGUACGCAAUCUGUUGUGAUGGAAAGUUAAUCAAUCAAACCUGUCCAAAUGGUUACUAUUUCAACAAGGACACCAGCAUAUGCACCCCAGACGAUGGAACUUGUGAGAAACCUACUCCUCAGUGUACUGAAGGAGAUCUGGAAGGUGACAGAGACAGCUGCUUCAACUACAUGGAAUGCGUUGGAGGGGAAUGGGUCUCCAAGGAAUGUGAACAAGGCACAUAUUUCAACCCUUCAAACAAGCAAUGUGAUGUGAAUUAUGGUCAAUGUGUGGAGAAUUGCGAAUGCGAUGGAUUACUCAAUGGUGAAAUGGGUGAAGAUCCAGGCAGUUGUUCGCGCUACAAACUCUGCUGUAACUGCAAACUUUUGGUACUUUACUGCCAAUAUGGAUACUAUUUCAAUUCCGAGGCCAAAGAUUGCGUACUGGAUGUCAAUGGAACAUGUCCUCUGCCCACACUUUCACCGGCUGAUCCCUCCUGCGGUAACUACCCGAAUGGAACAUUCAUUCAAAAUUUGAACGACUGUCGCGGAUACUACCUUUGCUUAAAUGGUCGUACGAUUUCCGGUUCAUGUGGCGACAAUGAAUACUUUGAUACUCAUGAAGGUACCUGCAAAGUAGGAAACUGUCCAACAGAUGUCACAGAAGCUCCAGUAACAGAAAGUGUGAUAUGCAGCCCCGAAUGCUACGGAACCUAUGUAGCGGAUCCAACUGAUUGUUCCAACUAUUACAUCUGUUACUUCUCAAUCCCCGUCCGUCAAACAUGUCCAGAUGGUCAGUACUUUGACACGGCAAACCGUGUGUGUUCCGCCGAUCGUGGACAAUGCAAGCUAACAGCCAGGGAUAUAUCACCAGUUUGUCAUGGUCAGCAUGGAACCCUGGUCAGUCAUCCCACUGACUGCAAACGAUUCUACAUUUGCGUGAAUGGCGAAACCAUCCCCUACCAAUGCAAAUCGGACGAAUUCUUCAAUGAUAAGACCCUCAAGUGUGAGACUGACAGCAAAGGACUAUGUAAUCCAAACGAUCUUUUGGAACAAGGACUGUUAGUAAACUGCACCGGACUUAGUGACGGAACUCUCCUGCGAAACCUCCAAGAUUGCUCAGCAUUCUAUGUAUGCUCUAGUGGGUACCCCGUUCCUGGACAGUGCCCGCCAGGAUUCUCUUUCGAAAAUGAAGAACUUAUAUGCGUACGCGAUAAUGGAAAAUGCGAGAAGUCCCAAACGGAUGUUUCCAAAAUGGCUCGCUCCUUCCCAAUCAACUUAUGCGAGGGUCAGCAUGGAGUAUUAGAGGCAGAUUCAAAGGACUGCUCCAAAUUCUACACAUGCGCAUAUGGAAAGGUUCUAUCCCAUGAAAAAUGCAAUGAAGGGGAAUACUUCGACCAACUAACGCGACAAUGUGCCAAGAAUACUGGACAUUGCAUCAGCAAACUAGAUAUGCCCAGCAACCUGUGUUCCGACAAAAUCGAAGGAGCUUACAUACCCGAUGAGAAGGAUUGCACUAAAUUCCUGAUGUGCACUCGAGGCUAUGCAAUUCCACAAAAAUGUGCAAAGGACAUGUUCUUUGAUCCUGUCCACAAAUACUGUAGACAAAAUGACGGCACUUGUACCAAGGGUUUGAAGGAAGCUAAAGAGGAUGCUUCAGGCAAUCUGUGUUAUAAGAAGCAUGGAGUCUUUGUAGCAGGUGACCAAUGCAACCGUUAUGAGCUCUGCAUCAACGAGCAAUCAGUAGCGAAACACCAGUGCAAACCAGGUCUCUACUUCGACGGAAAGACUGGAAAAUGUGUGACAGAUGACGAAGGAAUCUGUAAUACCAAAGAUAUCCGCGCACGAUCAGCACCACUACCGAACUGCCAUCGUCUCUCCUCAAAAAUAUUCUAUGCAAACGCUGCAGACAAGUGUCAUAGCUUCUUCAAAUGCGAGAGUGGUGCAGCUCACACUUACGUUUGCCCGAAAGGACUGAUUUUCAAUACUGUUCUGCAACAAUGCGACUACCCGGAGUUUACAGAAUGCGUGGACAAUGCUGUUCCUUUGGAAGAUAUUACAUGUGUUGGAAAACUUACUGGAGUUCGCUAUGUGAAUGUUGAAAAUGGCUGUCAAUCUUAUUACCUCUGCGUCAACGGAAAAGAUGUUGAGAAGUCCUGUCCCAAAGGAAUGUUGUACAACUCAAAAUUGGAUGUUUGUGAUUGGCCGCAAAAUGUUCAGUGUCAAGGACCUUAUGGAAAAGUACAAAGUAGACAUGGAGCUUCGGCGAAAAAGAAGGGAAUUGACAAUAGUGUCUGCAACGGAUUAGAACUGGAUAAAUUCUACGGAAAUGGUGCCGAUUUCUGCCUAAGUUUCUUCAAAUGUACGGGUAAUACUGUUCACCUUUUCACCUGCCCUCCUGGACUCAUAUUCAAUUCGACAACUGGAGCUUGCGAUUAUACUCAUUCGACUAAGUGCUAUGAUCAUAAAGGUCAACGCGUUGGAAAUCCGCCAUGCAAGGGGGACGCAACUGGAACCCUCGUUGAAAAUGUUCAAACUCGGUGCCAAUCUUUUUACAUUUGCAAUAAUAACGAAGCAGUCGAACAAUUCUGCCAAGACGGAAUGCUUUUCAAUGCGGAAACCAAGGUUUGCGAUUGGGCAUACAACGUUCGUUGUGGUGUCGUACAGUCGCAUCGGUCGAAAAGGAGUGCGUCAAAUGAAAAACCAAAACAUACACCGAAUUGUCACAACCUUAAACAAAACAGAUACUUUGGUAUCGCUGAGGACAACUGUCAUUCAUUCUUCAAAUGUGUAGGUCUCCAUGCAAUGGUUCAAAGCUGUCCACCAGGACUCUCAUUCAACUCCUUGAAAGAUGAAUGUGAUUGGCCCCAUGUUGGAGAAUGCUUUGAUUCGAGAGGUUUAGCUGUAAGACAACCGCCAUGCCUUGGAGCCGAAACAGGAACAUUUGCAGAGAACCUUGAAGACGGCUGCAAAUCCUUCUUCAUUUGCAAUAAUAAUGUUGCAAUUGAACAGCGUUGUCAAGACGGAAUGCUCUUUAAUGCUGAGAAAAAUGUUUGCGAUUGGCCACAGAAUGUACGAUGCGGAAUUGGUCAUGCUCAUCGUCAGAAACGUCAUGUUGAGGUUAAAAAACCAAAGAUCCUUCCUAGCUGCUCCAACGUUGAGGAAAACAAGCUUUAUGGGUUAAAGGACGAUAACUGUCGCACAUUCUUCAGAUGUAUUGACAAUCAAGCGUUUACUUACGAAUGUCCUUCUGGUCUUAUCUUCAAUCAACUCACUAACGAGUGUGACUGGCCACAAACUAGUGAAUGCCGAAAUGUAACGAAGAGAGUUCCUCCACCGCCCUGCGUCGGAGUCAAGGACAACACCCUUGUUGAGAACUUGAAUACCAGCUGCCGAUCCUUCUUCAUCUGCGAGUACAGUCAUCCAGUAGAAAAAUUCUGCCAAGAAGGGAUGUUAUUCAAUAUCAAAACUCUAGCAUGCGAUUGGCCAGAAAACGUAAAAUGCGGUGCUCAUUUGAUCCAUCGUGAAAGGCGAGAUGUAGAUACACCCGAUUGCUUCAACAUCAAACAGAAUAAAUUCUAUGGUAUCACCAAAGACGGUUGCCAGACAUUCUUCAAGUGCCUUGAGAAUAAGCCAUUUGUGUACGAUUGUCCACCUGAGCUAAUAUUCAACACAGAGAAGGGUGAAUGUGAUUAUCCGGAAGCUACGAAGUGUGAAGGACCUGAAGUCGAUGAAAUUAAGGAGCCGGUUAACCCGUGCCUAGGUAAAGCAUCUGGAACAUUCGUGGUGAAUUUUGAUAACGAUUGCAAAUCCUUCUUCGUUUGUGAUAACGAUAAACCCCUAGAAAAGUUCUGUGAAGAUGGUAUGCUCUUUAACGCUGAGAGUCAAGUAUGCGAUUGGCCAGAGAAAGUUCGCUGUAUUGAAAAUGAACAUGGACGCCGCCAAAAACGUGCGACUGCUGUAGGCAACCCUAAGAUUUUGCCAGUAAGUUUCCUCAGCAAACUACACUUAGUGUCAGUUACUCCAGCAAAGCUAACCAAAUUUCAAAAUAUUCCAGAGCUGCCAAAAUCUAGAAAACAACAAAUUUUAUGGUCUAGCUAG